GGGGCUCGCAGCACUCGCUCACACUGUGGAUUUGGCGCAUGCGCACUGUAUGCGGUGUGUGUGCGCUCAUUGUGUGUGUGUGUGUUUGUGUAUGUGAACUGCCGGCGAGCCUAAAAACAUUACCGAGCAGAGGGAAUGUCUGGUAGGUCAGUGCGCGCCGAGACCCGGAGCAGAGCCAAAGAUGACAUCAAACGAGUUAUGGGCGCUAUUGAGAAAGUACGAAAAUGGGAGAAAAAAUGGGUGACGGUUGGAGACACUUCACUGCGUAUCUUCAAAUGGGUUCCAGUGACUGAACCAAAGUCAGACGAUAAAAAGAAAAAGAAGGGCAGAGAGGAGAAAUAUGGAUCAGAGGUGACGACUCCAGAGAACAGUUCCUCUCCUGGAAUGAUGGACAUGCACGAUGAGAACAGUAAUCAGAGCUCAAUAGCUGAUUCCUCUCCGGUGAAGAUGGAGAACAGCUGUAGCACGAGCCCGACACCAGAGGCCACUGCUGCCGCUCACGCUGAUGGAAACAAGUGCAAGGCAGAACACACGCCAUCCCCUGACAAAGGUAACUGUAACUCCACCCCUUCAGAGACCUCAACAAGCAAAAAAGAUACUCCGUUAUCAGGGGAGAAGGAGUCCCCAUCAGACACCUCGACAAACACUCAGGAAAGUGAAGAUGGUUCACCACCCACAAAGAAAAGUAAAGUGGAAUCAUCUUCUCAGGACUUAGAUAACUAAAGCUGACUAGUUAUCUAGCCCACGGUUUAAUCACGUCACUGUCACAAACCAAUGAGGAAACCCCACCCACUAGACUUUCCCGAUCUUCAAAGACAGCUUCACCUUCUUCUUCAUCUUCUCACCUGGAGCGAACGUUUGCAGACGUCACUGUGCCAGUGAACCGAGGUUGAUGACAAACACUGACCUGAUCCUGUGAGAAACCUGCAGCCUCGCUCCAUCCCGUUCAUGCACGAUCUACAGCGUUAGUUUAACAGUAACCAGAGUGAAUGCACUGCAUAGAUUUGUCAAGAUAAAAGAUGGAUUUGCUGCUGUGAUCUUCUUUGUUUUACAUUUUUUGUAAUAUUUAUUUAAAUUACUCUACUAGUUGGUUUUUCUAACUACUUUGCAGAUUGCUGUAUGGUUAUAGUGCAGGUGUUUGGUUUGUUUAUAGAUUCUCUACUGGUUUGUGUGCCUUCUGGCUCCAUGAUGUGUGCUUUUUGUUAUUUUUUUUUUUUUUGUUAUUCGUCAAAAUGACUCUAUAUAUACCUCAAUUCCAAACCAGCUGAGCUGGAACUUGAUUCUUGAUUGAUGGACAAUAAAUCCAAUUCACUAAACACAAUCUGACAGUUUUAAAAUGAUGUCAUUUUCAACAAUAAAUCCACUCUGAUUCCAAUCUGAUGUAGCAACGUACAAGGAACUCACAAUGAAAUAGUCUAGAUACAUUGGGACUGUGUUUUCUUGAAAGGAUUUUGUCUUAUACAGUGGAUUAAUUUUGGUUUUAUUUAUUUCAUCAUUAGUGCUUGUUUUUAGAAUAUUCAGUUUGUUUUAAUAAAAAAUGUUAACUGAG